AUGCGGGCCCUGGUUCUCGGAGCGCUGCUCGUACAGACGCUGCAUGCCCAGCAGGUCUCAGAUGACAUUAUAGAUGCCAGUACCACAGGCGCUGCUAUAAGCGACGUCACCGCCGAUGCCCUAGCACCGCUACUUACCCCCGGCCCAGACGAGCCUUCAGAGUCUGAUCUCUCGUCUCUGGCGGAUGGCGGUGUAGACGCUACCAUCGACGCCGGUGCCGACGCCGCGGCUUCCGUCACUGUCGACGCGUCUGGUAGCGAAAUCACUCCUGGUCCACUGGACUACACGUCCGAGCUGAGCGAUUACAUGUCUACACUUCCCGUUGGCACCGCCGAUGUUAUCGUCAGUACUAGCGUUGCAUCUGAUGAUGCCAAUGCGGUGCCUACGCCCGAUGUCUUCGACCCGUUGGGGACAACACCUACCGACGACGGUUCUGCGUUUGCAACGCCGGAUCCCAACGGCGCUAUUGUGUUCAACGGGACGGAUUGGACUUUCCCGCCGGAAUCCGCAUCGAUAGACUCUGCGUCUACAGACUCUGGACCGGAUUUUUUGAAUGGCUUUGCUGUUUCGACGCCCAGUGAGGAUCCGGCGGUUGAUGCUGCGGCUACGGGUCUUGCAGAUGAUUCGGAUUUUACUGCGGAGUUGGAGUUUCCGUAUACGACAGAUUAUGCUGAUGCGGCGGCACCGACGUCUUCCGGACUGUUGUUGGAUGCCGACGGCAUUCCUAUUGUUUCUGAUAUUGCUACCGCAGAUGCUGGGCUUGCAGCUUCAGAGACUUCUUCUGAUGACUUUUCUGGGGCUACAUCGACAUCCCUUCCGGGUGACGACGACAGUGGCUUGUUCAAUCAGCCACCUCAACCUGGCACUGCUACUUCACAAGGCUUCAAUGCACCGCUCAUUACCCCUGUUGUGGCAGAUGCAUCAUCAGGCGUCGGAGCCCAGGACUAUGACACCACCUCCGAUGACAGCGAGUGCCCCUGGUGGUGUCUCGGAGGCGUCAACAACAAUGGUGGCGGCUACACUGGUAGUUACCCCAGCGAUGUUGCUAGUCCCAGCAGCGGCAGCGGCGGUGAUGGAACCGAGUAUCCCGAUGACGGCAACCAAUAUGCUGGCGGUGAUGAUGGCAGCAGUGGCACUGACGAUGGGACCGAUUACUCGAGCGAUACCUAUCCCUCCGUCAGGAGAUUCUUGAGAAGAGCGCUUCGCAAGCGGCAGAACGGCUUUGCGGCAUUCAACUGA